UCACCCACCAAUUUUCUUCUUCAUAAUCACAUCAUCAUCGGUGCUACUUUUCUGACCGGCGGUGGGUUGACGGUGACCGGAGACGGCGCGACGGCAGUGGCAGCGGUAGAGGCUCAGAGUAAUAGAUAUGGCGGAAGACAAGUAUAAUCUAAAAAAUCCAGCGGUGAAGAGAAUCUUACAGGAGGUUAAAGAGAUGCAAUCAAAUCCUUCCGAUGAUUUCAUGAGCCUUCCUCUUGAGGAGAACAUAUUUGAAUGGCAAUUUGCAAUCAGGGGUCCACGAGAUUCUGAGUUUGAAGGGGGGAUUUAUCAUGGACGAAUUCAGUUGCCAGCCGAAUAUCCUUUCAAGCCUCCUUCUUUCAUGCUUUUGACGCCAAAUGGACGUUUUGAAACUCAAACCAAGAUUUGUUUGAGUAUUUCUAAUCAUCAUCCUGAGCACUGGCAACCGUCCUGGAGUGUUCGCACUGCGUUGGUAGCUCUGAUCGCAUUUAUGCCUACCAGCCCAAAUGGUGCCCUUGGAUCACUAGAAUACACAAAGGAAGAAAGGCGUGUUUUAGCUAUUAAAUCUCGUGAUGUGGCUCCAAGAUAUGGGACUCCUGAGCGCCAGAAGCUGAUUGACGAGAUACAUGAAUACAUGCUAAGCAAAGCACCCCCAGUUCCUCAAGCUACUACCUCACCAGCUCCCGAAGAACAGAACAGUAAUAGAGAGGAGGAGGUUCAAGAGAGUCCUGAGAACCCCAAUAACGAGGCUACUGAAGAAAGACCUCCUAAUCCAUCUGUUGCUGACACAACUACUGAAGAAAGACGUGAAUUGGCUUUAGAUGCUGAUCCUGUACAGGCACCUAUAGAGCCCCCUGCUGUACGGCCUAAUGAGCAUCGGAUAUUGCAUACACCUCAACAGAGCAUUCCGCGGCAGGCUGAUGACCGUUUCUUCACAUGGGCAGCAGUUGGACUUACAAUCGCUAUACUUGCACUUCUGAUUAAGAAAUUCAUGAAAGCUAAUGGACACGGUGCUGUCUUUAUGGAUGAAUCGUAAAUCUGCUAGCGGUAAUUAUGAAGUUCGACAGGGGCAAUUUACUUCACUUACAGCCAAACUUAUGCAGAAAAAUGCAGUAAUUAUGGAGUUCGACAGGGGAAAUUUACUUCACUUCCAGCCAAACUUAUGCAGAAAAAAUGUACUAUAUUUAUCCUUUUGCUAUUGUGACAUCGAUUAUAAAGAUUGUCCAAUGUGUAAACAUGAUUUACCAGAUAUUAUUUUCAUAGUGUUAUUGUAUAGAAAAACAAUUGUCUUUUCUCUGAGAUGUGAAGAAGUUAAGAUGAAGCAAAGAAAUUCAGUUUGACAUUGACUGGUUUCUUUAUUCUUAA